UAAACAAAACCGAAGAAGAAGAGAAGAAAAAAAAAAGUCAAUAUGAAAUAUGGAGCUGCCGGAUUCUGUAAGAAGACGAUUGGGGGACUUCUCUCGGACAGUAUUUAUCGACCAGAAUCGAACCAAGCCUUCACCUGAGGAGCAUAUUAAAUUCUUAGGACAUAGCAGUAAUGUCGUGUCAAGUCUUCCUCUGCAAAUGUCCCUGUUUUUCAACAUGUGGUUCUUCCCCCUGUGGUGGAUUUCUGAAGUAGUCAUGCUUGACCUCAAGUAUCCAGCCCUCCCUGACUACUACAAGUUCAUCCUUAUAACUGUCCUCACUGUAAUGACCCUUGUUGAGGCUGUGAGACUCUAUCUGGGCUAUGCAGGAAAUCUGCAAGAAAAGGUUCCAGAGCUUGCUGGCUUCUGGCUGUUGAGUCUUCUGUUGCAGUUCCCUUUAGUUCUGUUCCAGCUCUUCAAUGAGGCCAUUCUCAUCCAGCCCUUGGAAAGAGGGAUUCACAUUGUCCUCGGUUUGUUUAUACUAACGCAGGCUGUUUCUGGGUUUGUGGCAAUUCGUGCAAUGGUCAGACAUACAGAGACCCACUUCCACCUCAGACAGUUUGAUGGACUCCAGGAGUUCAGACUCCAUCAGUAAUCGGUGCUUCAUUUCAGUUAGGAUGACACCAUGCUCUGGCAACUCUGAAAUUUUGGUUUUGUAUUCCCUGAAAACAUUUUAUGGGUCAAUUUUGUUGUUGUAAAAUGCAUCAUUUAAAUUGAUUGACUUGAGCACACAACAUCAGUGUGGUGUCAUGUACUAGAAAGCAUUUUCAGACAUUUUCCAGAUUGGAUCACUUCUCUGAAUUUUCUCAGCACAAGUUUUGCAUAAGAGACUUGAACACAUUCUGUGUAAUUUACAUCAAGUGCAAUUUUUUUUUUUUAAUCAAAUGAAUGUUUUAUUGGUGAAUUAUAUUAUAUUUUUAUCCAGUGAAUAAAUGAUUGUCCAAAGCCAAA